AACUUGACGAAAAAAUUCGCAAAGCCGAUGUUCACCUUCGAGAGAUCAGGAUUCGAGAGCGUAAUGCCUUAAUAAUUUGGAUAGUGUAUUCGUUGAUAGCCUACGUCACCUAUGUAGUUGGUUAUUGGUACUUUGUUUACAUGUCAACAGAAGAAGAUGGCUGGGACCUAAUGAAAGUGGCACCUGUCUUAACAGGUCCUUUCUUUAUAGUAAUUGGAUAUAAAUUUCUAGCAUUAUGGUAUAAAAGAAAAGAAGCAAAUGAAGAAACACAACUUGAACAUCUUAGAGCAAAAAAGAAGCUUAAAGUUGAAGAGAUGAAAAAUAAAACGGGUUAUUAUACCACACAAAUUUUAUUGGAACGCUUUGAUACAAAGGGAUCUGCUCCAAAUAGCCCUGUACCUCCACCUGGGCAAAAAGUAUCGGUUGGACGACCAGGCCAAGCAAUCAAUCAAAACUUACGUCAACGUUUACCAAAUUCACAAGCGUCACCGGGAUCUAAUGAAGUAAAUGGGGAAUUAGGAAACAAAACACCUUUAGGUGCAUCUGGUGAGCGCGAUAUAAUACGUUCAGAAGAUCGGACUGCAAUAACAUCAACAACACCAGGUCAACGACGAUGGUACGAUAAACUUUUGGACGUACUUGUUGGUGAAGAUGAACAGAAAUAUGCUUUGAUUUGCAAGAAUUGUUUUACAUGGAAUGGGUUGGCAUAUCCAGCGGAUUUUGAUGAAGUUCAAUUUUAUUGCAAGAAUUGUAAUUAUUUCAAUCCCUCUCGAAGAAGUCAACGUGAUGGUAACACAGUUAGUGCACCUACCAACAAUGUUAAUGGGAAUAAUAUCAAUAAUCUCAUUGAUCAAAUAAAUAAACCAUCACAAAUUUCAGAACCAGAUCCAAGACGAGGACGAUCAACAACACCAAAACCUAUGAGCCGAAAUUC